AUGGGUCGUGACGAGUAUGCCAAUCGCGUAGCACAAAAUGUUGAGAUGGAACCCUUGACCAAGAAUGGGUCCGACGAAUUCAAUCGACAAGAUCCCAAUGCUAUUCUCAAUGCCUGCCGCGAAAUCGAUCGUGGAAUUGAUGAGAUCAAGGCUUCCUUGGCUACGUUGCAAAGUGCCCAGAGAAAUUACUUGAACGACGCAUCCGGCAACCCUGGGGCGUAUCAACAGCUUGAACAGAUGAAUACCAGCACGAUGGCGUUGUAUAGAAACUUGGUUGGCAAGGUCAAGAAUAUCAAGCAAAAGCCCGAGUCUGGCUCACCGAGGAAUGCUCCACAAGUUGGAAAAGUUGAUCGCAUGCUCAAAACAACGAUAAAUGAGUACCAACAGGUCGACAGAGACUUCAGGAAAAAGCUGGACGAUCAGGCAGCUCGCCAAUACCGCAUUGUCCGCCCUGAAGCCACAGAGGAAGAAGUCAGAGAGGCAAUUCAAGAGCCCAAUCAACAGAUGUUUGCUCAAGCACUCAUGCAAGGCAAUCGACGAGGUCAAGCUGUAGAUGUACAAGACGCUGUGAGACAAAGAUCCGAGGCAAUCAGGAAGAUCGAAAGCCAGAUCAUCGAGCUCGCAGAGCUCUUCCAAGAUAUGGACAAUCUGGUCAUGCAACAAGAGGCUGCUGUUGUCAACAUUGAGCAGAAGGGUGAGGAGGUCGUCGAGAACAUGGACAAGGGAACGGAGCAAAUUGGUGUUGCUAUUCAAUCUGCCAGAAACGCACGCAAAUGGAAAUGGUGGUGCUUGGGCAUAGUCGUGCUCAUUAUCGCAAUCAUCGUUAUCGUUAUCCUCAUCUACAAGUUCGUCAUCCAGAACAACGGGUCAAGCAAGAGGAAGCGUUUUGUCCUUACAGACAUCAUCUCUGCCGACCAGAUCUCCGCAGCAGGGCACCGCGUCAUUUCAGGCCAAGCAUGGACUCCUACAUCUGGAAAGAUGGUGGUUCCUGGCGCUUCAUGGUCUCCCGAGACCGAGACCGUCGGCAAGGCUGUUGUAAGAAAGAUGAAGACUUUCCAGGCAUAA